UUUGGAACCCCGCAACCAUCAGCGUUUUCCUUCUAUAUGCCCGGAAUCAAAUCUCAGGUUCCAUACACAUGUGCUCGCCACCUGCGAGCUCCCCAGCGACGUAAUGCAUCUUCAAUCGUUCCAAAGACAAGGAUACGGAGAUUCUCCGUUUCGCCUCUCUACUCGCUCGCGGCGAAGGUAGAAGAGAAGGAGGAUCAGUCAACAGUUGAAGCAAAAGUACUAGAGCAAUCUCCGAAAUCCUCUCCAGAAUCAAGCCAUGAUAAUGAACCCGAACGAGGAGCGAUGUCAAGACGACUCGCGGAGGCGACAGAAGAUGCACUUCUCGAAGGAGGGAGAGCUGGCAGAAAAGCUGUGGAAGAAGCCGGAUUCUCGGAAGAGCUGAAAAAUAAGCUUUUGGAGAAGGUAGAAGCGGCGAAAUUUCGAUCGGAGUACGCAACAGCAUUCGCAGAGGCUGGUAUGACUUCGAAUGUGGGCCGAGGUUCACGAGAAAUCGCUACUGGACAAGCUUGGGAUGGGGAGGAGAGUACGGAAGAUGCGGUUCUGCGAAUGCUUGAUGAUGCACGGAAACCUUUGAAACCCGGAAUGCGAGGUCCUGCGAAGAUUCCGAGCCCUAUUGUAGAUUUGCGUCUGCAGCCACGGCCGAAAGUUCGACCGGGAGAGAGACUGGCGAAUGCGAGGGACAAGACUUCUCUAUACGCCACCUCGAAGGAUGCGCCGAUGACGGACAAGGAGAGGGAAGAGCUGAGGAAGGAGUUGAAGGAAAGGUUUACACCAGGGGCGAGGCCGAUGCCAACUUCAUUCAGAGGAUUGGCUUCUUUGGCGAAUGAGAGGAUCGAGGAUGCCAUUGCAAGAGGACAGUUCAAGAACAUCCCUCGAGGCAAAGCUAUCGAAAGGGAUCCUAGGGCCGAUAAUCCUUUCAUCAAUACCACGGAGUAUAUUAUGAAUAAGAUGAUCCAACGUCAAGACAUCGUGCCACCGUGGAUUGAGAAGCAGCAGGAGCUUGUGAAAGCAGCGAAUGUUUUCCGGGCCAGGUUGCGGAAUGAUUGGAAACGGCAUGCCGCAAGAACGAUUGCGAGUCGGGGUGGGAGUCUGCAAGACCAAAUGCGAAUGGCUGAACGAUAUGCUGAGUCCGAGCGGGUUCACAAUCCGAAGAAGAGACCGGUGGAGCAGGUUUCCGUGCCUACGAAUGCUACGGAUGAUCCGGUGAUGGUCAAGAUCAUUCAGGAGGUGUCACCGCCCAGCGAUUCUCCAGAAGGUCAGGUUUCGGUGACGACAGACGACGGGGAGAUUACGAUCACAGAGACGAUUAGGGACACUCCGCAAGAAGAGUCGCCAUCCACAGCAAGUAGGGAAACCUCGCAAGAAGAGCCAACUUCUACAGCAACUCCUCUACCCGCACCAUUUCGGCUGCCGGAGUGGGAGGCGGCGGAAAUGUCAUAUCUCCAGCUUGCAGUUAAUAAUCUCAACAACCUUACUCGAACCUACAAUCUCAUGGCACCCGAUCUGGCUAAGAAGCCUUACUUCUCCCUCGAGCGGGAAUUGCAAUCCUGCUAUGCAGAUGUUGCGCCAGAGCUUUCAGAGGCCAUCAAAGAACGAGCAGCUCGACCGGCCAAAGACCUGGUGGGGAAGACUGGCGACAGAUCUGGCGACAGAUCUGGCGGCAUGUUUGAAGCAUUUGCUGCUAAGAAGGCCGUUGUGUAUGAUGAUAAGAAACCGCUGUAUGGGUUCAAGGAAUUCUGGAAAGAUUUAUGGGGUAACAAGAGUGCUUAUUGAUAAUGUUCAAAGGAUGUAUAUUCCUCUUUGUUCUUGACCGGACGGGAGGGAGCAGGGUUAUUCCAUAGAGAUGGUUAGCUAUUAUAUCUUG